AGUCCUGGGCGUGGCGCACGUACCCGGGCUCCCGGCACGGAACGAGUGCGGGGCUGGGCCUCAGUCGGCCCCAGGGGAGCGAGUGGGGCGGGGCUGCUGCGCCCGCCUUCUCCUCCUCCCGCCUCGCGGGCUCAGAGCGGCGGCAGCAGCGGCCGCGGUGACAACUCCGCUUCUUUCGCUCCGGCUCUCGCGCUCCCGGGCCCUGCGCCCCGACCCCGCCGCCGCUCCUGCCGGGGCCCUAGCGCGCCCCCUCCGCGCUUCACGCUGAAGUUCCUGGCUGUGCUGCUGGCCGCGGGCAUGCUGGCGUUCCUCGGUGCCGUCAUCUGCAUCAUCGCCAGCGUGCCCCUGGCGGCCAGCCCCGCGCGCGCGCUGCCGGGCGGCACCGACAAUGCCUCGGCCGCCGGCGCCCCGGGCCCGCAGCGCAGCCUGAGCGCCCUGCACGGCGCUGGCGGCUCGGCCGGGCCCUCGGCGUUGCCGGGAGAGCCUGCUGCCAGCGUCUUCCCGCCGCCGCCCGGGCCGCUGCUCAGCCGCUUCCUCUGCACGCCGCUAGCAGCCGCCUGCCCGUCGGGGACCGAGCAGGGGGACGCGGCGGGCGAGCGCGCAGAGCUACUGCUGCUGCAGAGCACAGCGGAGCAGCUGCGCCAGACGGCGCUGCAGCAGGAGGCGCGCAUCCGCGCAGACCGGGACACCAUCCGCGAGCUUACCGGCAAGCUGGGCCGUUGCGAGAGCGGCCUGCCGCGCGGCCUCCAGGAUGCCGGGCCGCGCCGCGACACCAUGGCCGACGGCGCCUGGGACUCACCCGCGCUGCUCCUGGAGCUGGAAGACGCGGUGCGCGCGCUGCGGGACCGCAUCGAGCGCAUCGAGCAGGAGCUCCCAGUCCAUGGGAACCUCUCAGCACCAGCCCCAGCCGUGCCCACCGCCCUGCACUCCAAGAUGGAUGAGCUGGAAGGCCAGCUGCUGGCGAAGGUACUGGUGCUGGAGAAGGAACGUGCUGCCCUCAGUCAUGGCAGCCACCAGCAGCGACAGGAAGUGGAGAAGGAACUGGGUGCCCUGCAGGGUCGAGUGGCAGAGCUGGAGCAUGGGUCUUCGGCCUACAGUCCCCCGGAUGCCUUCAGGGUCAGCAUCCCCAUCCGCAACAACUAUAUGUAUGCCCGCGUUCGCAAAGCACUGCCAGAACUCUAUGCCUUCACUGCCUGCAUGUGGCUGCGCUCCAGGUCGGGUGGCUCCGGCCAGGGCACCCCCUUCUCCUAUUCGGUGCCCGGGCAAGCCAAUGAGAUUGUGCUGCUGGAGGCCGGCCUUGAGCCAAUGGAACUGCUGAUCAACGACAAGGUGGCCCAGCUGCCUCUGAGCCUGAAGGACAACAAUUGGCACCAUAUUUGCAUUGCCUGGACUACCAGGGAUGGGCUGUGGUCUGCAUACCAGGACGGUGAACUUCGGGGCUCUGGUGAGAACUUGGCAGCCUGGCACCCCAUCAAGCCACAUGGUAUCCUUAUCCUGGGCCAAGAGCAGGAUACCCUGGGGGGCCGAUUUGAUGCCACCCAGGCCUUCGUCGGUGACAUUGCACAGUUUAACCUGUGGGACCAUGUCCUGACACCUGCCCAGGUCCUAGGCAUGGCCAACUGCACUGGACCACUGUUAGGCAAUGUCCUCCCCUGGGAAGAUAAGCUGGUGGAGGCCUUCGGAGGUGCAAAGAAGGCCACCUUUGAUGUCUGCAAGGGGAGGGCCAAGGCAUGAGGAGCCACCUUGUUCAGAGCCCUUCCCUUGCCUUGAAGGGGCACUUCCCUCCUCAGCCUGUUCACGUGCUGACCCUCCUACCACACCCCUGGCCAUAACUCCCACUUCCCAUCACAGGCACCCACACCUUCAGAAUGCCCUGUGCUGGAUGGAUGUCCCCUCAGCUGUCUAGGUAGGGACCAAUAUCUCAAAUCAAUUGGUCCAACCUGGAGUCGAGGCAGUCCUGACUCCUGGCAAUGUGUUGGUAUGGUCUCUCCCCUGCACACACUCUGCCCUCCCACCAGCCACACCAGACUGCACUAAUUCCAACAUUCCCUGAGGAGUUGUGGGGAGAGGUGGCCUUUAACCCUCUCAUCCCCUGUGCUUCAGGCCUACACAGGCUGUAGAAGGGAUGCCAGUGAUGAAUAAAAUCAGACCCUCCUCAUCUGUCUUCCUCAGUUGCCCACAGGCGCUACAGGAUCAUCGUUCCCAUUGCCCCUCUCCUCCUCCCUCCUUGCUCCAGUUUCUUUGCGUGUUGUGGUAAGACUGUUGGUUUGCUGUCAGUUCAAGCCCUGCCUCAGUUUCCAGGAUGUUCCCUUCCCAGAUUCCACCUAACAGCUAGGGACCAAGACCUUGGAGGCCAAAGGGCUGUAAUCAUCCCCUGUACCCACUGGCAACUUUGCCCACCAGCAUGGUUGACCACCCCACCCCUAUGCCCACGACAGGGCUUUGUUCACUCUAGCCUAGCCUGAGAGCAUCCAAAGCAGAGGCACCAUGUCCUAGGAGACAUUUUCCUGCCAAAUCCGGGUGGCUCAGCCAUCAUAUCAACUCCUUCUGCAUGGUCCUGGAAAGGCCGGAGGAUACUGAGAGACAGGACAGAGCACUGUGUGAGAGAGAGGACCCCUUGUUUCAUACUCAGUCCUGCUGCUGACUUGCUGUGUGGCCUUCUUUAAGAACCCACCCUUUCUGGGCCUGGCUUUCCUGUGAGCUGAGGCCAUAGUGUUGGCCGCUUCUAAGAACGCCACACUUAGAACAUGAGACAAGCCAUGAUACCUGGUGGACAGAGCAAACAAAGAGCACUGGAGGAACAGUGGCUUAGCAUAGAAGGUUCUGGAACUGGAAAGCAGGGGUUAGGGUCACAGCUGGCUCAAAGGGUCAGUGUCAAGGACAAGGCUCAAGACAGACCAGACACAUAUUGGAUCCUUCACCCUUGCUUCUCUGAGAGUGUCUCAGCUAGAGGCUGAGUCCUUACCAGCUCCCCAGAGCACAGAAGCACAGAAGCAUGUCAGUGCUGAGAAAGACUGCCCAUUGUAGGCUCUUCCUUGUGGAAAAUGGGGAAGAGCAGAGAGAGGGCAAUGAAUAGCACAACAUGGCAGGCCCAGAACUUCUGAGUCCCUCCUCAGUGCUCUUCUGUGUACCAUACUGCCUGUUGUUGAGGGCCUUUGAGUCCAGCUUAUACCUGUGCAGGGAGGCAUUUGAGAGGACACAGUGUUUUCCAACAUCUAUGUGGGACAUCCAACCCCAGGCUGUCCCCACCAACUUUUGUCCCUGUCUGUUCUCCCAAUGGCCAUUCAGCCUGAGACAUGGUGCAGGAGUGGGAGGUUAUAGCCCUUGCCGGGGAAUCGAGUCCAAGACUUGCCUCUGGCCUGCCGAUCUCUGUUUCCAUUUUGAGAGCAACUACGUGUCUCAGCACCUCCAUCCCCUGAAGAUAGUUGUGGUGGCUUCAGCCAGACCUGCUGAGAUCCAGGUUGCCCAGUAACAGCCAAUGACAUCAGUUCCAGUGCUGGGUCAAGUGUCUAUCAUUCAUGUUGUUGCUGGGUGACAGCUGAAUUCAGAACUUAGACCUCAGGGACUCUGAGCCUCAUCAGGCUUUUGCUAUUGUUCUAGAAGAGGUAGCUUUAGAGGAGACCUUGGGAGGACAGUCUUGGGAAGGAUGUGGCUACUGGGUCAUGUGAGCCCACCAGACACACCAUUCCAAUCCUUUCUGCUUUGUCACAGUGGUAAUAAAAAAAUGACACCUCUGCCACAUUCUCAUGCCAGGUCACCCUGGUUAAACUUCAGCCACCUCUCCCCAGGAGAAAAAAAUGGAGACACAGGGGCAUGUCUCUGAGUGUGGAUCACCAGGAUCACCAGGGAAAGAACUGGCUCUCUCUUUCCUGUUCUUAUCUGUUGGCUAUGAAUAUUCCCUGAGCACGUGGACCAGUUUUGAUGCCUUCUGCUGCUCUCAACAGGAUAGUCAUGACCCUGAGCUGCCCCCAAGGUCUGAUGAAGAUGGAGAUGGGUUUUCAGGCAGCCUUAGACACUGUAACUGCAGAGUGCUCUAUCUGCACCAUCUGGCUUAUCCUCUCAGCACAGUAUGAAGAGGUAGGACUGUUCUUAGCCUGUGAUGCAGGAGAGGACAGGGCUCUGAGAAGGUAGAGUAACUUGCCUGAUAUCAAUUGGCCAACUGGUGACAGUGCUAUUUGUUUGGAGGCAGGGUUACAUGCAUGGAGGACAGGGCCACCUCCUUGAGUGCAGAAGGAGCAGAGAUGGGGUGUGGGGCUCAGAGCCAGUGAAGGGUCUCUCAACUAUGCUCAAGCCUCAGCCUUUACUUGGGCUGCAGUUUUCAGGGCAGGAAAGGAGUCUCUGAAGUGAAGGCAGGAAGGCAGGGCGGAGGUGGCACCUCCUCAACCUCCUGUUCUGGACAAGGCCUAAGCCAGGUGCACUAAGCUGAUCUCUGCCAGAUUCCCACCUCUGAGGCAUGUGGUGGCCAGUUUCAUAUCCCAAGGCAUCAUCUCACCAGUUAUACAUAAAUGGGGACCACAGGCAUGAGCAUCUGUGGGAGGGAACUCAACCCUUGGCUUGCAGAUGGGGAAGCUGAGGCCUGGCCGAGAGCUCAAAUGACCCUUGAGUCCCCUCUGAUUGUGCUUCAUCUUCUCAUUUUUCCCCAAACUGUGUCCCACCUACCUAUAAAUCCCAGCACCUUUGGCCUGAGAAAACUGGAGAAGUGUCUUCUCCCAGAUAAGGGUCUCCUCUCUUCACCUCUCAACUCCAGCAGCCUGCCACCCCAGGUCCCACCUCCCAACCUAUCCCCUGCCCCUGCUGGGUGAGGAACCAGCCCCUUCCCAGACUGAGCAGCCAGCAGUACGCAUGUGAAGUGGUCACCAUGCUCGGACACUGAAAUGCGUGCCCUCCACUGCCCUCCCUCCUCACUUGGCUCUAUUCUGUAUAUAAGUAACAUGAGAUCUUGUGUGUAUGUAUGUGAGUGCAUGUGAGAUCUGUGUCAUGGUUUUGUUACCAUUUUUGUUUUUGUAAAUUUGAAUGUUCAAAAUAAACGUGGUUUACUCGGA